UCUCUUCAUCACACAGUUGCAGCUCACAUAGUAUCAUCAUAUCAGUUUGAUCACUGAGCAUCUAACACGAAAGAAAUUAAAAAAAGAAGAAUGACAGCUCACGGGAAGAUGGAGAUAGACUUGGAGAUCAGGGCUCCGGCCGACAAGUUCCACAACGUCUUCAGCUGCCGGCCCCACCACAUCUCGAACAUGUCCACCGAUAAGAUCCAGGGCGUUGAUCUGCACAAAGGCGACUGGGGCAAGGCUGGAUCCGUGAUCUGCUGGAGCUACACCCACGAUGGAGAGACUAAGGUUGCAAAGGAGGUGAUAGAAGCCAUAGACGAUGAGAAGAACUCGACGACAUUCAGAGUGAUCGAAGGCGAUCUGAUGAAGCUGUACAAGAACUUUGUCCUCGUCGUCCAGGCUACGCCCAAGGAAGGGGGCGGGAGCGUCGUCCACUGGACACUCAAGUAUGAGAAGCUGAGCGAGGAGGUGACUGAGCCCUACUCGCUGCUCCAGUUCUGCGUCCAUGUCAGCAAGGACAUCGAUCUUCACCACAUGGAACAGGCUCAGGCUCAGGCUCAGGCUCAGGCCUAGCAGAAACUAAGAAUCUGGACUUUUAUGUAUAUGCACUGGUUUGCUGUCUCUGGUGAGUUCGAUGGUGUGUAUGUUUGAACAUGUUUUACGAUGUGCGUCUACAGUGAAAGGAACGCUUGAUUACGUGUGGUUCUUGUUUGGAAAUAAUGGAAUGGUCUUCAAAGAGAUUGUCGAAUAUCUCUACUGUUUCCAUGUAUUUGUGGGACUUUCAUUAGUUGUUCAAGGGUUGUUGUAAAAUAAUUUGUUCAGGCGAUCCGACAAAAGUUAUUACCGGUUUGAAAGACCAAAAUUCAAGCGGCCUGUUUUCGUCCGUCUCUGAGCCGUA